AUGACUUUUCUUUUCACUAUUUUUGAUCUUAACAUGAGAUUUCAUCUUUUAUUUUUCCUUCUUCUCAACACAAUAACUUUGGCACAUCCAGUGAGUAUCGAGGAAGCCGAACACCAAAGAUUCGACUAUUUCAAGAGUCAGCUCCGCCGGCUCAACUACUAUGUUGAGGAAGUAUUUUGUCCAAAUGGAUUGUUCAACGCAGAUAAUGCCCUAAGUGUUGACACUCUUAAUGAGAAGAAACUUUUGUACACAAGAUACUUGUUCAAAUUGAGCCAAAGAUUUGUUGCUCUUGGAUUGAACCCCGCGGACUUCUUCUGCGAGGCCGAGCCCACAUUUGCUACAAUUCACAAAAGACAUCAAGCUCCAAGGAAAAGGACAAAGCUCUCUAGGUAUAGGGUCAUGGACUAUCUUUACCGGAUUCUCGAAGAGGAGAAUGUGUUCGGUGUUUUAUAA